UGAAUGUGGUUUUCUACUACUCGUGCGCUCUUAGUCCCCAACCUUUAUUAUCAUCGGUCGAAGUUCAGUUGGCGCCGCUCAUUACAAAACGAUACUAAAGAAAAAGUUCCAUUGAAUUGAAACCAACGACUCGCGUCUAGAGCAUAAUUUGCAUUGAAGAAAUUGAAAUUUUUUUUUUGAACUUGAGAAAUAAUUUUUUUUGUUUAUAAUUUCAAUGGUAGUUUUAUCCACGUGUUGUGCUAAGGCAGCAGCCUUCAGGGCUGUUAUUCUUGGAGCUCCAGCUUCCGGAAAAGGAACUGUGUCCUCCAGGAUUAUCAAGGACUUUAAGGUCGCUCACAUUUCCAGUGGAGAUAAACUUCGAUUACACAUUGCCGAAGGAACCGAAUUAGGAAAAAAUGUUAAAAAAUAUUUAGACAGUGGAAGUCUCGUUCCUGAUAAUGUAAUGAUUUCUCUAAUCAGCAAGGAAAUUGAAAAAAUUGGAAAUCAAAAUUGGCUUCUCGAUGGAUUUCCCAGGACAUUGGAACAAGCUGAAAAAUUACAGAAAAUUCAUGCUGUAAAUCUUGUUUUAAAUUUGAAAGUUCCUUUCUCAGUAAUUUUGGAAAGAGUAAAAAGCCGAUGGAUUCAUUUACCAAGUGGUCGAGUCUACAAUAUUGGAUUUAACGAUUCAAAGAUUCCUGGAAAGGACGACGUGACAGGGGAACCUCUCAGUCAACGACCGGACGACAUGGCAGAGGUUGUUGAAAAACGAUUGGAAAACUAUAAACAAAUGACGGAGCCAGUAAUAAAAUAUUAUCAAAAAAUUGGAAUUCUCCAUGAGUUCAGUGGAAAAACAACAGACUCGAUGUGGCCCGAAAUUAAAGAAUGUCUCAGUCAAUUCACAAAAACUUGACCUUUGCUCAUUCCAAUCGACACAAAAAUUCCAUUAUUCACAUCGUAAAAUUUUUUUAAAUUUAACAGUUUUACGUAUUAUUUUACGUAUCACGCACAAAUGUAGUUAAUUAUGUACUUUAAUAUGUAUAAAGAUAUCGAAUUUUUUACAUAUACAGUACGAAAACCUAGCACGUCAGUCAUAUCCCAUGAGUGGGAGUGAGACAGACUUAUGCGAUUCCCAUACUUUCCUAUGACUGACGGAUAGCUUUUCUUACUGUAUAUAUAUAUAUAUUUAUAGAUUUUUAUCUAAAUGCAACAAUUUAAUGGCAAUUAGAUCAAUUGUUACGAUCGACUCUGUCAAGAGUGGAAAAAAGACAAAAUAUACAAAAGACAAAUUUGAAAUAAAAGAAUCUUACAAAUAA